UGUUUUCCAUAAAGUCUGAGAAAGAUACUCACUCCUAAGUGUUUUAUGCCACUGGAUAAGGAAAUCCAAUUGCUUAAAUAUAAUUUUCUGAUAUUGAUUUCUAGUCAAAAGUCAAAAGCCCCAUUAAUUUGAAAGGUUAGAAGAACACACGUGGCAACGAUGAGACAGUGUUGUGUGAUGAGACUGUUGUCGUGUUUGUUGGUGUUUCUUCUAUUACUGUUCUUCUUCUCCACGGUGGCGGCAACACCUCGUUCACCUGGAAGUGGCAGCAACACUUAUCUCACCAAGGAUGAACUAUGGUUCUCUCAGACCCUCGACCACUAUUCUCCCUUUGAUCAUCGCAAUUUCCAGCAGCGUUACUAUGAGUUCCUUGACUAUUUCAGGAUUCCGGAUGGACCUGUUUUUUUGGUGAUAUGUGGUGAAUAUUCGUGCAAUGGGAUCAGAAAUGACUAUAUUAGUGUUCUGGCGAAGAAGUUUGGAGCAGCUGUGGUUUCUCUUGAGCAUCGCUAUUAUGGGAAGAGUUCGCCAUUUAAAUCUCUGAAAACAGAAAAUUUGAGAUAUCUUUCAUCCAAGCAGGCACUCUUUGAUUUGGCUGUUUUUCGUCAAAAUUAUCAGGACUCCUUAAAUGCAAAGCUAAAUAGAACAAAAACCGAUAAUCUGUGGUUCGUUUUUGGUGUCUCGUAUCCUGGAGCACUCAGUGCAUGGUUCCGUCUUAAGUUUCCUCAUUUAACAUGUGGAAGUCUUGCAAGUUCUGCAGUUGUUCUUGCCGUUUACAACUUCACAGAAUUUGAUCAGCAGAUUGGUGAAUCAGCAGGUGCUGAAUGUAAGGCAGCAUUACAAGAAACCACUCGACUUGUCGAACAAAAACUGACAACUCAUGGAAAGGCAUUGAAGGCUUCUUUUAAUGCAGCUGAUCUUGAAAUUGAUGGCGACUUCUUGUAUUUCUUGGCUGAUGCUGCUGUUACAGCGAUUCAAUAUGGAAAUCCGGAUAUAUUAUGCAAGCCUCUUGUCGAAGCAAAGAAGGACGGAAAGGAUUUGGUGGAUGCUUAUGCCAAAUUUGUCAAAGAGUUUUACUCUGGAACUGAAGGUGUUAGUGCACAAUCUUAUAACCAAAAGAGCUUGAAGAACACUGCUAUCACUGAAGACAGUUCUGAUAGACUUUGGUGGUUUCAAGUUUGCACUGAAGUUGCAUACUUUCAGGUGGCUCCUUCAAAUGGCAGUAUACGCUCCUCAAAAGUUGACACAAGAUACCAUUUGGACCUUUGCAAAAAUGUCUUUGGAGAGGGCAUAUUUCCUGAUGUUGAUGCAACCAAUAUAUAUUAUGGAGGCACAAAAAUUGCUGGUUCCAAAAUAAUAUUCACAAAUGGCUCACAAGAUCCUUGGCGUCGUGCAUCUAAACAAAUUUCAUCACCUGAUAUGCCUUCAUACACUAUCACUUGUCAUAAUUGUGGCCACGGAACCGACAUUCGAGGAUGCCCUCAAAGUCCCUUUAAUAUUGAAGGCAAUGAGAAAAACUGUACAUCCCCUGAUGCAGUUCACAAAGUUAGGCAAAAGAUCAUAGAGCAUAUGGACUUAUGGCUGUCUCAGUGCCAAGACCCAGGCAAGACUUGUAUAUGAUUAUUUGUACGAGUUGAAUGAUGCAUGACUAAACGUCACUGAUAUUAAUACAGCCAACACUGUAUAUUGUCUUGAAUUACAUUGUUGAAGCUCAAAAUAAUGCAAGGCAGAACAGAUUUGUACAAAAUAAUGCCAUUUCAUGCAAUAGGUUAUAGCAUGUCUUUGCCAUCAAGUUAACAGGUCAUUAUUAUUAUUAUUAUUAUUUGUAACAUUUGGGUGUCAUUGGCCUGUGGUGAAAAUCUACCAAGAAAAUGUGUGUUUAAUAGUA